UUGAAGCCCGCGUCCCUCGUCGGUCUCCUGUCCCCUUCCCUGCUCGUUGGGCGAUGCCACCAAACCGAGCGGAGAAGGCAGGCAGGGGAUCGAUCAUCAGUGGAACCGGGAUCUCCUCUCGACCUACAGCUCCUGCCAAUUGAAUUCGGUGUUAUCUCUGACCGAUCCGGUCCGCCUCGGUCGAGGUUUGCUCGAGCUGGGGCACUCCGGCACUGCGAUGAGAGGAUGACCCCCGCGCAGGAUCCGUUCUACAUCGUCAGGGACGAGAUCCAGGACUCGAUUGACAAAGUGCAAGAUACUUUUCACCAAUGGAAGCAGACGCCUGAAAAUACUGGAGAGUAUGUGCAUCUGACCAAAGAACUACUAACCAGCUGCGAAAGUAUCCAAUGGCAGGUGGAUGAACUGGAGAGGGCAAUUUCAGUUGCUGCAAGAGAUCCAACAUAUUAUGGGCUUAAUGAGGUCGAAAUUGGAAAAAGGAGGAGCUGGACUAGCACUGCCCGUAACCAGGUGCUCUCUUUAAGGCGGAAUGUUGAAGCUGGAAAACAAAAGAGUGGCCGUUCAGUCAAUCUUUCUGAAUCAAGCAGAUCCAAGCAGCAUAUUUCGCAAGACAAUGAUGAGUUCAUUGCUUCAGAAUCUGAUCAGCAGAUGCUUCUGAUAAAGAGGCAAGAUGAGGAGUUGGAUGCACUUAGUGCUAGUGUCCAGCGAAUUGGAGGUGUAGGUCUCACCAUACAUGAGGAGCUUGCGGGGCAGGAAAAACUUUUGGGUGAGCUAAGCCUCGACAUGGAAACUACUUCCAAUCGCCUUGACUUUGUGCAGAAACGAGUGGCUAUGGUCAUGAAGAAGGCCAGCUUGAAGGGGCAGAUCAUGAUUAUAGCGUUCCUCGUGGUUCUUUUCAUCAUCCUUUUCGUUUUGGUCUUCCUGACUUGAGAUAUUGGUGUGAGUUGUGUAAUUCAGUACCUGGUUAAGUUUCGAACGGUGCUGGAAGAGCAGAAUUUGAUCCAUUCAUACAAGUGUAGUCAGUACAUAAGUACACUUAUGUAAGAUUGCAUUGAUAGUUUUGUCCAUGCGAAAGAUUUUCUUUUGUCCACGUUUCAAUUUUUGAGAAGCUGAAGCCAUUGUGCAUCAUAUAAAUCAGCGAUGUUAAUUUCA